CGCGAUUCAGAAAAGCUUUUACCUGUAUAAUUAUAUUGUAAAUACUAUACGAAUGAAGUGUGUUUAUUAAUAACAUUUUAAAAUAUGGCGGAAUCUUUAGCUGGACAAAGGGCUAAACGUCAGAAAACUGAUAAGUUCGGAAGGUUAUCGGCACUAGAGAAGCUAAAAAAUUUGAAAGGAAAAGGCUCUAAAAAUAAGUACGAUGUGGACGACAUGGAGAACGUUUAUGACACGGUGGACGAGCGCGAGUACAGCGCGCGCGUUCAGAGCCGCCAGGAGGACGACUGGAUCGAGGACGAUGGAACAGGAUAUGUAGAAGAUGGCCGUGAAAUUUUUGAUGAUGAUGAUGUUGAUGACACUUAUGUAUCAUCCACAAACAAAGAAAGUGGACGUGGUCAGAAACGGAAGGCUCGAGUGGCAGCCCCUUUGGCCAAAGGCAACAUAAGGAACUUACUGGGGGCUAUGCCAACUAAGAAAAAAGAGGACAGCAAAAUAUCAGAAGAUAAUAUUUUAUCAGAUAUUAUGUCGGACUUGGAUGGCAAUGUAGCCUCAGCAGCUGUCCAACCCAAACCUCUGAUUGCCCAGAAGUCUGUCACAGUGAAUUCUAGCAAGAAAGAUGCUCAGAACUAUUUCAAAAAUCUGUCUUCUUCAGUGAAAAAGACUUCUAAUAUUUUUAGUAAGCAGCAUAGUCUUGGAGUAAAAACAGAGAAAGAUGACAAUGCCAUAGAUAGUGAGGGUUCCAAGUCAAAUGAAAAAACAGUAUACAGUAAGCCGGAGUGGACUAUUGAGAAAGAUAUUAAAAAAGAAUUGGAUGACAGUGCUUCACAAAACAUUGAAGAGUUUGAAACACAAGAUAUUAACUUUGAUGAUGAUUUUCAUAACAAUGCUUUACCUACACACAUUGAUGCUAUAAAAAAAGCAGAAAAUAGUAUUUCCAGUUCGGCUGCCACCAUUACUGAUGUGGCUGAUGAAUUCCUUACUGAGCAAUUUGAAAUCUUUUCUACUACAAAGGAAGAAACUUCCCCUAUGAAGCUCAAACAAUUAUCUAACAACUGGAUGAAUGAGAUGGGUGACAACCAAGCCAGUGUAUCUGUCCAAACUGAUGGGUUAUUGCCACUACAGACAAAUGAGAAUGGGGAGCAAAUACUUAGAUUUUACUGGCUGGAUGCAUGGGAGGACCGCUAUGUCAAGCCCGGGGUUGUGUACCUGUUUGGGCGCGUGUAUGUCAAGCCCGGCAACAAGUCUGCAGGAACUGUAUCCUGCUGUCUGGUGGUGAACAAUAUUAAUCGACAGCUAUUCCUUCUACCAAGAGAAUAUAAAGUAGACCCGAUCACGCUGGAGGCGACCGAGCAGCUGGUGAGCAUGACGGACGUGUACGAGGAGUUCAGCAGCAGCGUGGCGGGCGCGCUGGGCCUGCCCGAGUUCAAGUCGCGCAAGGUGGCGCGCCGCUACGCCUUCAGCCUGCCAGACGUGCCCGCCCUCUCCGACUACCUCCAGGUCAAAUACUCGGCAGCAUUUCCUGCUCCCCCAACGGGCAAGAAGUAUCUGACGUUCUCACAUAUUUUUGGCUGCAACACGUCUUCGCUGGAGACUUUCCUGCUAGAGAGGAAGAUCAAGGGGCCGUGCUGGCUGGAGGUGCGGCAGUGCAGCGCCGUGCAGGCCAAGGUGUCCUGGUGCAAGCUCGAGGGGGCCACUGACAAAAUGGAAAAUAUAAGCGUCAUCAGGACUGGGGAUCUGGAACCUCCACCAAUAGUCACAUGCACGAUUAACAUGAGAACAGUUAUGAAUGAAAAAACUAGGAAACAAAAAAUACUAAUGUUAAGUUGUUUGGUACAUAACAACUUUCCUGUACACAAACCACCACCGAACCCGCCUUUCCAGCAACAUUUCUGUGUGGUCACCAAGUGCGCCGACCUGUGGCCCAUGGACCUGAAGCAAGCGCUGGCGCAGUACAAGUCCACCAAGUUGACCAAGUGCGAUACAGAGAGGGAACUGCUAAACUAUUUCAUGGUGCAAUUUUGGAAAUUAGAUCCCGAUUUGGUCAUAGGCCACGAUCUACAAGGUUUCCAACAAGAUUUAUUAAUAGGGAAUGUAUUGGACCUAAAUAUACCGAAUUGGUCUCGUUUGGGACGACUAAAGAGGUCCACGGCGCCACAAAGAAAAUUCGCAAGUAAAGACGCUUUUUUGGGGCGGCUGGUCUGCGACAUUAAAGUUUCUGCCAUGGAACUCAUCUCGUCGAGGAGUUUCGAUAUGGAUACGCUCUGUGUAAACGUUCUCAAAAUGGCCGAAGGCGAACGGGUCGACGUGGCCCUUGAAGAUUUACCCAGAUAUUACGAAAACAGUGCUGAUCUCCUCCAGCUAGUGUCGCUGAGUAUGCAAGACGCAUCCUACAUCCUCAAGAUGAUGUGCGAACUGAACGUGAUUCCGCUCGCCUUACAAAUCACGCAAAUAGCCGGCAACGUGAUGUCGCGGACGUUGCUGGGCGGGCGCUCCGAGCGCAACGAGUUCCUGCUGCUGCACGCCUUCACGGAGCGCGAGUACAUCGUGCCCGACAAGGCGCCCGCCGCCGCCGCCGCCGCCGCCGCCGCCGACGCCGACGCGCCGCCCGCCAAACAGCCCAAGAAGAAAGCCGCCUACUCCGGCGGCCUGGUACUCGACCCUAAGAAGGGCUUCUACGACAAGCUCAUUCUGCUCAUGGACUUCAAUUCUUUAUAUCCCAGUAUUAUACAGGAGUACAAUAUUUGCUUUACUACAAUAAAAAGGAAAAACACUUCCGCUCCCGAUGACGACGUAAGCAAUCUAGUGCUGCCGGGACCUAAUAGCGAAUUCGGCGUUCUACCGACGCAAAUUCGUAAGCUUGUAGAAAGUAGAAGAGAAGUAAAAAAGUUAAUGAAGGCGAGUGACCUCCCGGAGCAGUACAUGCAGUACAACAUCCGGCAGACGGCGCUCAAGCUGACGGCCAACUCCAUGUACGGGUGUCUGGGGUUCGCGCACUCGCGCUUCUACGCCAAGCCGCUGGCCGCGCUCGUCACCUUGAAGGGCCGCGAGAUCCUGCUCAACACCAAGGACAUCGUGCACAAGCUCAACUACGAGGUGGUCUAUGGCGACACCGACAGCCUGAUGAUCAACACCAACUGCCUCGACUACGACUACGUUUUCAAGAUCGGCAACGAUUUGAAACGAGAGAUUAACAAAAAGUACAAACAGAUCGAGUUAGAUAUUGACGGUGUGUUUCGAUACCUGCUACUAUUAAAAAAGAAAAAAUACGCAGCGGUCGUAAUUAGUAAAAACAAAAGCGGAGAAUAUGUAAUGAGUCAAGAACACAAAGGUCUGGACAUCGUGCGGCGCGACUGGUCGCAACUGGCGGCCGAGGCUGGCCGCUUCAUCCUCGCGCAGAUCCUGUCGGAGCAGACCGCCGACGACCGCCUAGAGACCAUACAGGCCCACCUCGGCAAACUGAAGGAAGACCUCGUCGGCGGAAAAAUACCACUCUCUAUGUUGACUAUAACGAAGCAGCUGACGAAAAAUCCUAGCGAAUAUGCUGACAAACAUAAUCAACCGCACGUCCAAGUGGCUCUCAGACUUAAUGUGAAAAAUAGUAGACGAUUCAAAAAAGGCGAUGUCGUUCCUUAUAUUAUUUGCGAAGACGGAACUACGAACUCUGCGACGCAAAGAGCAUACCAUAUAGAAGAACUCAAAAGUAGUGAACAAUUGAAGGUAGAUUACCAGUACUACUUGGCACACCAGCUUCACCCGGUGAUUUCGCGCAUCUGCGAGCCCAUCGAGGGCGUGGACCCGGCGCGCGUGGCCGGCUGCCUCGGCCUCGACCCCUCGGGCUACAGGCAAGCCGUCAAGAAGGAAGCCGCUCAGGCGGACACCUACGAACUCGAAAAUGAACAAGAAAAGUAUAGACAUUGUAAAGAUUUCCUUUUCACUUGCGUCGGAGAGAGCUGCAAGUUCGAGAAUAAAAUCAGGGAAUCGUUUGUGAAAAUGGACAAGGAGACCGUGUCAUUCAUGGAAUGCUGCCAAAACCCAAAAUGCAGCUUGAAGCCGUCAGAUUACUUGUCGAGCGUGCAGAACGCGCUGAGCGCGCAGCUGCGAGCGAGCGCGGCGCGGUACCACGGCGGCUGGCUAGCUUGCGAGGACCCCGCGUGCGCGCACCGCUCGCCGCGCCUGCCGCAGGCCUUCGCCGCCGGCUUCCCGCUCUGUCCGCGCUGCGAGAAGGGCGUCAUGUUCAGAGAAUAUACCGAGAAAGACCUCUAUCUACAAAUUAACUUCUUUCUCUUCCUCUUCGACCUCAACAGAAGCAAUAACUCAAAGGUCCGAGUCGCUUCGCACGUGGCUUCUGCUCUGCAAGUGCUGAAAGAGAUGACUGAGGACUGGCUGGCGCACUCGGCCUACUCCAUAAUAAACCUUGCCAAGCUGUUCCGCUUCUUCAGCGUGGAGCCGAGACUCGGCUGCCGGUCGACGGCGGAGCCCGCCGAGGUCGACAUCCUCCCGGAGACUGAACAUAUAGACGCUUUCAUGGAGUUAGGCUCUUACUAGUUUACACCCGGUAUUUUUCGAUUUAUAUAUUUAAUAAACUUACUCGUAGAUA